AUGGAUGAUGGAGAUGGGAGGGAUCAGAUGGAUCAGUUCCAUCCAAACGAGGCGAUCUCUGCUGUCGCCGACGACGGUUUUAUGGCGGAGGAAGAGGACGACGAUUAUGAGGAUCUUUAUAACGACGUGAACGUAGGAGAGGGAUUUCUUCAGUCUGCCAGAAAGAACGACGAGGCGGUAUCAGGAAACGAGGAAAAGGAGAAGCUCAAAACCGAGGACGAAGAUAGGGUUGAGCCAGCUUUAGGUGCAUCGGAAGCUGAGGUCUCGAUACCUGGUUUGGUUGGUGAGAGCGUCGCUGUAAAAGCAGAACUAGAGGCAGAACCAGAAGCAGAAGCAGGAGGAGCUAGCGGCACUGGAGCUCAGGAGCUUAAGGUAAGCGAUGUUAGCCAGCAGAUUUCUGGUGGAAUUGGAUCCGGGCUUAGAGUUGAGCUAGGGCAAGCUCUUAAUCGAGAAAACGAUGUUGAGGCUCAUAGAGCAAAUAACAAUUCUCAGGUUAUCUUGCCACCACCGCCUAUGUUAGGAAAUAACGAGAAUUUGGUGAGACCUUUGAUGGCUAAUGUUAAUGGCGUGACCCCUCCUGGACCUGGUAAUAGCAUGGUCGGGAACGGAGCUAAUAUCCAUAUGCCUGGUGCUCUUACUGGCGGGGGAACCGGUGGAGGCGGCGGUGGCGGAGCUUUUCUUUUCGUUGGGGAUUUGCAUUGGUGGACAACUGAUGCUGAACUUGAGGCAGAGCUGUGUAAGUAUGGUACAGUGAAAGAGGUUAAGUUCUUCGAUGAGAAAGCUAGUGGGAAGUCGAAAGGGUACUGUCAAGUGGAGUUCUAUGAUCCUAUGGCAGCUACGGCUUGCAAAGAGGGGAUGAAUGGGUAUGCCUUCAAUGGUAGGCCUUGUGUUGUUGAGUAUGCAUCUCCGUAUUCGGUUAAAAGAAUGGGAGAGGCACAGGUGAACAGGACCCAACAGGCGCAAUCUGUAAUUGCACAAGCUAAGAGAGGAGGUCCUGCGGAUCCUCCGAGUAAGCCCAUCGUGACAAGCAACAACAACAACAACAAUGCCAUUGUCGGGAAUUUCCAAGGUGGGGAUAAUAGAGGAUUCGGUAGAGGUAAUUGGGGUAGAGGCAAUGCUCAAGGAAUGGGUAGAGGACCAGGUGGUCAAAUGAGGAAUAGGCCUGGUGGAAGAGGUUUGAUGGGUAAUGGAGGUGGUUUUGUUGGGCCUCCUAUGAAUAUGAUGCAUCCUCAAUCAAUGAUGGGGCAAGGGUUUGAACAAGCUUUUGGUGGACCGAUGGCGAGGAUGGGAAGCUAUGGAGGAUUCCCGGGGGCUCCAGGUCCACCGUUUCCGGGGCUUUUGUCCUCAUUCCCUCCUGGAGGAGUUGGUUUACCUGGAGUGGCACCUCAUGUGAAUCCAGCGUUCUUCGGAAGAGGGAUGCCGAUGAAUGGAAUGGGGAUGAUGCCUAAUGCUGGUGUUGAUGGAGGGCAUAAUAUGGGAAUGUGGGAUCCUAAUACUGGAGGAUGGGGUGGUGGUGGUGAAGAUUUGGGUGGUGGGAGAGCUGCGGAAUCGAGUUACGGGGAGGAAGCUGCAUCUGAUCAUCAGUAUGGAGAGGUUAAUCACGACAGAGGGGCUCGUCCGAAUCCUGUGAAGGAAAAAGAAAGAGCUUCAGAAAGGGAAUGGUCUGGUUCAUCUGAUAGAAGAAAUCGUGAGGAUAAAGACGCUGGUUAUGAAAGGGACAUACCGAGGGAGAAAGAUGUUGGUCAUGGUUAUGAUUUGCCAGAGAGAAGGCAUCGUGAUGAUAGAGAAACCGGUCGUGAGCGUGAGAGGGAAUAUCAUCAUAAGGAUCGUGAACGCUCCAGGGAUCGUGACAGAGAGAGGGACAGGGAGAGGGAUCGCCAUAGAGAUGAGCGAGAAAGACAUGGUGGUGAUCAUCGUAGUAGACACAGGGACGAACCUGAGCAUGAUGACGAAUGGAACAGAGGCCGAUCGUCCAGAGGACACAGCAAAUCGCGGUUGUCUCGGGAGGAUAACCAUCGCUCAAGAUCAAGGGAUGCUGAUUAUGGGAAAAGAAGGCGGCUUACUACUGAAUAA